UAAAAAUAAAAAGGUUGCGUUUAGCUCUUCCGUUUUUUUAAAAUUCAAAUUUAACUUCUAUUAUUUUGAUUCCUUGUUAACUAAGUUACCUUGUUUUAUAAGUUUAAUUAAUAAAGGGUAUUUCUCAGUAUUUGAAAGUUUCCCUAAAUUAUGCGUGUGCCUUUAUAUGUAGUCUUUGCCUUUUCUUUCUCUUUCCCUGUCUUUGUUUUUGUGCAUUUAGGGUUUAGAAGUUAGAAGACUCCGUUAUCAAUGUGUCGCUCAACGAAGGAUGUGCAAUCCAACAAGGAGCUUGAUACCUUAUUCUUCUCAUCCCAUCUCUAACUGGGUUUAGUGUUUUGUGUGUGUGUGUGUUGGUGUUCUGUUUUUUUUUUUUUUGUCAGAAGUGUUAGUGUUCUGUUUAAAUAAUCAGGUUCUGUGAAUAUGAGGUAUUUAGUUUGAAAUUGAGUUCUUGGGGUGGUUUCAAAUUGAGUUUUGGGGUUUACUGUUGUUGGUAAGUAUAUGAUGAUAACAGUGGCAGUAUGAUUCUUUUUAAUGAGAUUUAAUUAUUAACAAACAGGCUCGGGUUAUGGUGCCAAACUCAAAAUGUGAGAGUGGGUAGGAUCACUUUCUUUGUUUGAGUGACUGGAGAAUGACUAGGAUCUGAGGACGAUGACAUGGAAUAUGAUGUGAAUUUCAGAUCUAUUAAAAGUAGCUUUAUGUUAUAAACCUCGGAUCAAUUCUCUGAUUGUUCAGUAUCUUGUUCUUCUCUUGGUCAUUUUUUAUUGGUGUGCUUUCUUUUGUUAGGAGGGAAAGGUCGCUGAUAUAUUAGAAGGUGCAGAUCCAUCUGGUUUGGCCAAUAAAGUUGCUAGGGUUGUUGGGCCAGUUAAGCCUAGAGAACCUUCUCCUCCUCCUCCUCCUCCCAGCCUUGAGAAUGUCCAAGAGUUAGCAAAAGAAAAUGGAUCUUCCCAGGAGCAAGAGCAAAUUCAAGCACAAAAUGGCCUUGAUGAUGCCUUGAAAAGGCGGCUGCAACAGCUGAUUGACUCUAAUCCACUCAUGCUUUUCAUGAAAGGAAGCCCUCAGGAGCCCAAAUGUAACGUUAGCCGAAUUGCCAUUGACAUUUUGAAGCGAAAGAAGGUCAAAUUUGGAAGUUUCGAUGUUCUUACGGACAAUGAAGUCAUGGAGGGGAUAAAGAGGUAUUCUAACUGGCCAAUAAUACCGCAGAUUUACUACAAAGGGAAGCCCCGUGGUUGGUGUGACACAGAGAGUUUAAUGCGUCGUAGUGGUGAAUUAGAGGAAGUUCCCAGAGACCAUGGAAUUGAUACUGCUGCUGAUUCUACUGGGGCGAAGGUAACUGAAUUAGAGGAAGUUUCCAGAGAACAUGGAAUGGAUACUACUGAUUCCGCUGGGGCAAAGGUAACUGAAGCUGGAAGUGGAAAGAGUGGAAUCCCAGCAUCUACUGGAUCUUCUCACGAGCAGAUGCAAGUUCAAGUGCAAAAUAUUCGUCAAAAAGGAAUUCAAGUGCAAAAUGGCCUUGAUGAUAACUUGGAAAGGCGGUUGCAGCAACUGAUUGACUCUUAUCCAGUCAUGCUUUUCACGAAAGGAACCCCUGAGGAGCCCAAAUGUAAAUUGAGCAAAUUGGCCAUUGACAUGUUGAAGGAAGAGAAGAUCAAAUUUGCAAGUUUCGAUGUUCUUUCAGACAAUGAAGUCAUGGAGGGGAUACAGAAGUAUUCCAACUGGCCAACAUUACCGCAGCUUUACAUAGAAGGGAAGGCUCGUGGUUUGCGUCACAUACGAACUUUAAAGUGUGGUUUUCGUGAAUAAGAGGAAGCUUCCAGAGACCGUGAAAUCAACUCACAGAAUUAAAAUAAUUAAUUUAUGAAUGAUCAACAAUCAAAUUGUUGGUUAGAAAUUAGAAAUUACGAAAUGUGAUUUUAAUUUU